AUGCCCCGCCCCCACGACCUGGGAAGACUCUCGUGGACCAGAUCCCGGUUAGUGAGCCGAGGAGUGUGCGUGCAAGCCUCUGCGCGCGUGUGCGAGAGCGGGAGGGGCCGGGCCAGCGGGUGUGACCCGGACACGAGUGGGAGUCCUUAUUUGUCCCGGAGGGUGAUUCAGAGGGUGCUGGUCCCUGUGGCGAAGGUGCACAGACUGGCCGCUUCUCCAUCCAGCCUCUCCCGGGAUGGCCCUGAAGGAAGAAACCAUUCACAUCUUGGGAAAUAUCAGAGAAUCCACACUGGAGAGAAACCUUAUAAAUGUCAUCAAUGCGGAAAGGCUUUCAGAGAUCGCUCCAGUCUUGCUAUACAUCAGAGAUACCACACUGGAGAGAAACCCUAUGAAUGUAGUCAUUGUGGAAAGGCUUUCACAGAGAGGGGCAGUCUUCGUAACCAUGAGAGAAUCCACACUGGAGAGAAACCUUAUGAAUGUGAUCAGUGUGGAAAAGCUUUCACAUGUAGCUCUGCGUUUAGGAAACAUCAGAGAAUCCACACUGGAGAGAAACCUUAUGAAUGUAAUCAAUGUGGAAAGGCUUUCGUAGAGAGUUCUAGUCUUGUUUCCCAUAAGAGAAUCCACACAGGAGAGAAACCUUAUGAAUGUAAACAGUGCGGAAAAGCUUUCAGAUCUAACUCUAGUCUUAUGCAUCAUCAGAGAAUCCAUACUGGAGAGAAACCUUAUGCAUGUAAUCAAUGUGGAAAGGCUUUCACACAGAGGAGCCAUCUUGCUGUACAUCAGAGAAUCCACACUGGAGAGAAACCUUAUGAAUGUAAACACUGUGGAAAGGCUUUCACAAAGAGCUCCAAUCUUACUAAACAUCAGAGAAUCCACAAUAGAAAGGAACCCUAUGAAUAUAAAAAAAGCAUUCAAAGAGAAAGUCUCCCUACCUUGGGGAUCUUUUUCCCUGAAGAGGACCAAAGUGUGGCCCAAGGAGAGACCCUAGAGCCAGAAGGAAUGGCCCCUGGUACCCAGAGACCCUCAUCCCAGGAGUCAAUAACACUCAAGGAUGUGGCUGUGGACUUCACCCAGGAGGAGUGGCGCCUCUUGGACCAUGUUCAGAAAGAGCUGUACAGGGAGGUGAUGCUGGAGAAUGUGCAGAAUCUGCUCUCUGUGGGUAAGAACCAUUUCCUCUAUUAA